AUGAUUAGCCUGUGUAUCUCCCAACAGCAUCAGAGAUGCAAAGCGAGAGGAAGAAAGGGUAUGCGUGGGCGAUUUCAGCCGGUUUCAACGCUGCUCUUGCCGCCAUUUCUGCCAAAUUCUUCUCAUCCCAGUUGAAAUAUGCGCUGGUCGUGCUUUUCAAUGUCAUAAUGUGGGGAUGCUAUGUUAAUAGCAUGAAGUCUCUGUCGGCUUUACAAGCUACGGUGACAAACUUUGCAACAAACUUUCUGACUUCUGGGAUGUCUGGAUAUAUUCUCUUUGACGAGGCACUACCUCCUAAGUGGUUUGCAGGUGCUGCGCUAAUCGUAAUCGGUGUUGUUGUUCUAAGCAAGUCAAGCAUUGAGAAGAAGGCACACACAAGUUAGGUGAAUUUAUUGUAGGUAGGUUAGCAUCUCCCUAUGAGACUGAAUACUGAUCCAUGUUCUUAAUGUGAUGGAGUAGUAAUUUUUGGCAAUUCCAUUUUGUUGUAUUGUACUUGUUGAACAAUACCUUUUUAUGAUAAGUAUAUUUUUUCAUUUUGCUAAA